AUGGCAUCGGGGUAUUCGAGAAUGGACAGCAGCAGUUGUAGCAGCGGUGACGAUGUCUUGGUAUUCAAAUGUUCCGAAAGACACACGAUGAAAUCCAAAAGAGUGGCUACCAAACCAGAAGAGCAUUUCAUGGAUCAAACGGACGCUGCACAUGAACCCGGUGAAAUCGUGGAUAAAGAACCCAUGGAUACCCGUGAACCCGUUGAUGAAGAACCCAUUGAUCAGACGGAUGUUGCUCGAGAAUAUAAAACAGACUCUGCUCCCUACGAUGAUGAUGCCUAUGACGCCGAUGACGAAUGGGGUGGCCUUUCGAGACAGUACUUGUUCUGCCACCGUCCCGAAAUGAGAGGAUUCUACAGACGACUCUACACAUUUGGUCGGUGGCCCCUCCAGAUGAGUCCCAUGCCGAGGGAACUCGCCAAGGCCGGUUUCUUCUACACGGGAGACCACGAUGUUAUCGUCUGUUACUCUUGUGGACUACGCACCUACAGCUGGCAGAAGAUGGAUGAUCCAGAAAAAGGAAAACAGUUUUGGUAA